CGCUACAUUGGUACAUGUUGGUACAUUCUGAUCGGCAUAUUCAGACAUAUUUGCCACGUUUAGUCCGUUGGUCCGUUCAGUCACUGUUCAGUUACUGUCUUUGGUUUGCUUUGGUUGACGCGAUUGUUAUAUUGUAAGAUGGUGCGAAAGUGUUGUAUUCCGAGAUGUUCUUCGGUGCCAAAGGAUCCAAGUCAUAGUUUUCCAAAGAAUGCCGAAUGUCGCAAUAAAUGGUUUCAGAAUAUAAAUAUGAAACCACCAAAAGACGAAAACGAAAUAAAAAAAUUAAGGAUUUGCUAUAAGCAUUUUUGUGAUAAAGAUUACAAAAUUGAUUUUACAAAAAGAAUUUUACAUUCCUGUGCAAUUCCAUCUAUACAUGAGCCACAACACAUAUCGGAAUCAGUUGAUGUUCAUUGCAAUAUUCAAAGCAAUAUUCAAUAUUCAAUGAUAAAUAUAAGAAGGAAUCUGAAAGGCAAUUUGCAUCAUGGAAAGAUAUCGUAGUAGCAUAUGAAAUGGAUAAAUAUUCUUUUUUAAUACAGCGACAGAUGCCGCAAUUAAUUGAUCGUCACAUUUAUUCUUAUCUUAUUCCAAAAAUGAAAGUAAAAUAUGCUACGUAAGUUCUCAGUCAUACGGUGGCCAAUUUUAUUGAUUUGGUACUGACAUGGAAAAAAGGUAUUGUAAAAACUUCACAGGGAGAGAUGUAUUUACCAUCUAGUGCUGCAAUGACAGGAGAAGUUAUAUUGUGUUGGGAUAAAUUGUUCGAUUCCUUCAACAGAAAAGAAAAUAGAGAAUUAACAAGUGUAAUAAGCUCAUCAAGCAAUCAUCUUUGGUUUUGGAACAAUGCUGUGAAUAGAAUUCGAAAAAUGGAUUUCGUUGAAAGUGCAACGCAUAAAGCUAUACGACAUAAUUCGAAAUGUCUAAAGAAUUGGAUAUGGACUAUCCAAGGCGCACAUUAUUUAUGGAAUAUACUGCAAACAUGUGGCUUUUCUUCGUUUAACUUAAGAUUUCUUAAUCAAGAUCUGGUAGAAAACUCUUUCAGUCAAAUCAGAGAUCACGGACAUAGAAAUAACAAUCCUACUCCAUAUCAGUUCGGUUCUUCUUUUAAAAUGCUUUUAACAACAAACUUGACAUCGAGACAUUCUAUUUCCACCAACUGCAAAGAAAUGAACAUCAUUGUCGCUUAUACAAGUGAUCUCUGCAACUGAAAGCAAUGAAAAUGAAGACGAAGGAAUAGAAUAUGCAGAGUCUGCAAUACCAGCAGUGACAGAACAUAACAUUUUUGUGGCUGCAGAUAAUAUAUUAAAAAAUAUUUUAAUGAGUAAAACUGUUAUCCAAUGUAAACAAUGUGUACAAAAUCUGGAAAAUCAGGAUAUUUUGAAAAGUAUAGA